UCAUAGGAAAGAAGCCAGGCGCAGUACUAGAGGAGCAUUUCAGGCUACAGUUAGCAGCGAAGGCUAAAUCAGGACGAUGAAAUAGGCUGACAAGUACAAUUUGUUAUUUAUUUAUUCAAGAGAACAAGUAAGGAUAGCAAACACCUAAAACGAGUUUGGAGUUUAGCUGUGGGCCUUAUCUGAUGGCAGUAAACAAUAUCUACAGUGGGUUAGGCAAGCUAGCAGCAAUAGCAUUAGCCGCCUUGUAAACACAGGAGUCCAUUAUAAACCAGUGAACUCCGACACACACACACAGGCGGUUAUUCAACCAACCACCAGUCAUCCUUACAAAACACCAUAAUCAGGCGGGGUGUGUCGUGUAUGUUAUGUAUGUAAGCCUGGCUGUGUGAGUGCCUAAGUCAUUUGAUCUUCGGAAGACUCUCGGCUUUACUACAACAAGACAACACGUUACACGAUACAACACCAACGGCAUGUCAAUUUACAGGAACGCAGUCUGGUUUGUCAAAGGACUGCAGGAGUACACAAAGUCUGGUUAUGAGGCCGCCUCGAAGGCCUUCGCUGCGUCUGAUCUUGAGGUGAAUCUAAAGGGGCGGAGUUUCGUCAUCACAGGGGCCAAUAGCGGCAUCGGAAAAGCUGCGGCACAGGAGGUCGCCAACAGAGGUGGGAGUGUUCACCUGGUGUGUAGAAACAGGGAGAGAGCAGAGGCGGCUCGAGAUGACAUCAUACAACACAGUAACAACCAGGAUGUCCAUGUGCAUAUUGUGGACAUGUCGAGCCCGCGGCAGGUUUGGGAGUUCGCUACCGGAUUCACAGAGAAACACACAGUCAACGUCCUGGUGAACAACGCCGGCUGUAUGGUGAACCAGAGGGAGCUGACGGAGGACGGACUGGAGAAGAACUUUGCCACCAACACACUCGGUACCUACAUCCUGACGACAGCUCUGAUUCCCGCCCUGAAGAAGGCAGCAGACGCACGAGUGAUCACGGUGUCUUCUGGGGGGAUGCUGGUUCAGAAGUUGAAUUUUGAGGAUCUGCAGUUUGAGAAAGGAACCUUUGACGGAACCAUGGCCUACGCUCAGAACAAGAGGCAGCAGGUGAUCAUGACGGAGCGCUGGGCUGAUCAACACAAAGAGAUCCACUUCUCAUCCAUGCACCCGGGAUGGGCAGACACGCCAGCUGUUCGUAGUGCCAUGCCUGAUUUCCAUGCCAAGAUGAAGGGUCGUCUGCGUUCGGAAGCUGAGGGGGCCGACACCAUCGUCUGGUUAGCGGUCACCAACACAGACACAAAGACACGACCCAGCGGAGCUUUCUAUCAAGAUCGUCGGCCGGUGAACACACACCUCCCUCUGGCCUCCACGAGAUCAUCAGCAGCCGAAGAAGAAAAACUUCUACAGGAAUUAAACACACUCACCAACAAGUUUAAACCAUAACACACACACACACACACACACACACACACACACACACACACACACACACACACACACACACACACACACACACACACACACACACACACACACACACUCCAGAGGAAAAACGACUGCAGGAAUUAAACACACACUCACUAAGCCAUAACACACACACACACAC